AUGGUCACGCACGCAGCCACGCCACCAGCCAAGCCGCGGGACGGAGCACCAGAAACCGCCCCACCGCCCAUCUCCAACCGCUUCAUCCGUCCAUCCAUCGGUGAACCGAGGCUCCGCGCCGACCCGGACCCUGUGGUGGGAGCAGGCGGGCGCGGUGAACACAACAGAACAGGGGCGCUCGCGGCCUCGGCGUCUCCUCUCUCGCGUUCUGCCUUUUUGAAAACCUCACCCCCUUUUCCUCCUGUCUCGCUCGCGUCGCCCCUUCCUUCCUCCUCUCCUCUCCCCUCUCUCAUGGUCCUCAUGGCCGGAGCCUCCGACCACCACCACCACCACGCCACGGCCAAGCCCGCUUCCCCCGCCACGGCAUCCCUGUCCCCGUCGCCGGCUCCCGCCAAUCGCACCCGCCUCCACGACUUCGCCUUCCCGACGCUCAGCUGGGGCGCGCACCGCCUCCUCCGCUGCUCCAAGGACGGCGGCGGCGGCCCGGCGUCCCCGCCGCCGCACCCGCACACGCCGUCGCCGGACAAGGAGAAGCAGCCGCACCAGCACCCGCACCCGCACCCGCAGGCCUCCUCCCCCGGCGCCGCGUCCGCCUCGCAGCCCCCGCGCCCCUGGAACCUCCGCACCCGCCGCUCCGCCACCGUCGCGCCGCUCGCGUCGAGAUCGGACGCAGCGGGGAAGGCGCCGUCUGCCGGAGGGCAGGCGCAGCAGCAGCCGCCUCUCGCGUCGCCGCCGCCGGCGGCGUCGGCCGUGCCCAGGAAGAGGGCCUUCUCCGCCGCGCUCACCAGAGAAGAGAUCACCGAGGACUUCGCCGCCAUCCGCGGCACCCGCCCGCCGCGCCGGCCCAAGAAGCGCCCGCGCGCCGUGCAGCGCCAGCUCGACAUGCUGUACCCGGGGCUGUCUCUCGCCGACGUGAAUCUGGACUCGUACAAGAUCGACGAGUUGGUUCUUUUCUUCAUGUGCCUUUCUUUCUCCUCCUGCAGCAGAGGUGAUCGGCGCCGUGCUGCUGCUGGUGGUGCAGAUUGGAGGAGCUUUUCAGAUGUUUCCAGCUUUCCCUUUCUCGGUGCGAUGGCUAACAUCGCCAUCCCAUGGUUCUUCUAG